AUGACUAGUGUAGGAUCUGGAUACGACUCAUCAGUUUCUACUUUCUCUCCUGAUGGGCGUGUCUUUCAAGUUGAAUAUGCAAGCAAGGCCAUUGAUAAUAGUGGAACUGCUAUUGCAAUGACCUACAAAUCGGGUAUUGUUUUCGCUGUGGACAAAUAUGUUGCCAGCAAAAUGAUGGUAGCAGGUACUAAUAGGAGAGUUUUUGCGAUUGAUAAUCAGAUUGGUUGUUGUGUUGCGGGAUUUAUUACGGACUCGAACAGGAUAGUUUCAAUAGCACGUUCAGAAUCGUUAAAUUAUCAAAAGAUCUACGGGAACCCAAUACCAAUACGUGUAUUGGCGGAAAGAAUUGCAAUGUAUAUGCAUAACUUUACUCUCUAUGGUUCAGUUCGGCCAUUUGGUUGUUCAAUACUUUUAGGUGGGCUUGACCAGGACAGGGGCAUUGAACUUUAUUGCAUCCAUCCAUCAGGUUCAUGCUAUAAAUACUGUGCAAUGGCAGUUGGGAAAGGUAGGCAAUUUGCAAGAACUGACCUAGAAAAGUUAAUAGACAAGAAUUUAUCUGAAGAAGACGCAUUAUAUGAGGCAGCAAGAGUUAUAAUACAAUCUAGAGAGGAGGGAGCAUCGAAAAACCUCGAACUAGAGAUGGCAUUCAUCGGCCCUGGGUCAGAUUUCCAAUUUUCUAUAGUUCCUGAAAAACAAAUAGACUCACUUAAUGAGCGUGUUGAAAAAUACAUAGAUGACCUUGCAAGCGCUGAGUAA